AACAUUCGUUUCGUCUCCGUUUCACCACCGUACCGGUGACGCCAAGUUUCGGUCUCUUGUGUCAAAAAUAUUUCAAAAUCUUUUUUUAUAAAAAAGUAUAACUAACACUUUAUUAUAAACAACAAAAAAAAACCUUGAUAUUUAAAUAAUUUCUAAAACUCGAUAAAUCAAAUUUCUAAAUUUUUAACUUGUACCUAACGGUAAAGAAAAACAAAAACAAAUGUCAAAGUUUCCUAACCUUCAAGUUGUGUGAAAACUCAUUCUAAAUAAAUUUUUGUGUAAAUUAAAAAAUUUUAUUUCGACAAAUAAUAUGCGAGAUUUGCCUAUUUCAGCACGCCUUGCAAUGUCCUGCGAUGACGCCAAAGAAGCAAUUAGAAUAAGAAAUGUUCGAAGAAAAUUAUUUGUUGAUGACGAAGACAAACAAGAAACAAAUAAAAACAAUAAUAUUAAUUUAGUAGCUGAAGAAAGAAAACUUCAUUUGCAACAAGCGAAAGAAAAGUGGAAUUUUGAUUUUGAAAAAGAAGAACCAUUACCAGGCAAUUAUGAAUGGACAAAAGUCAAUGCUGAAAAGAACACAUCAAAAGAGGAAGAAAAAGAAGAAAUUAAAUUAAAAAAACAAGAAGAUUAAACGAAUCGACUAUAAAAUCUAAAGCUUUUUUUUUACUACUUUUUAAAUUCAUAACUUUUAUCUAUUGUGAAAUUUAUAAAUAGAAUUGAUGGAAAAAAGCGAAAUUUAAGGGUGCAAUUUUUCGCGAAAUGUGUUUAAAAUUGAACUGAACGAGAAGGCUGAGAAACUGAUGUAUAUAUAAAUAUUUAUGCAUUUGAAACUAAAUGUAAAAACCAAGAUUCUUUCUAGUCAAAACGAGGAUAUUAUUUAUGCAAAAAAAAAAAAACUUAUACUAUAUAAAGAAACAAAGUGUAAAAUUUGAAAUUAAUUUCUCACGUGAUAUUAUAAAAUUUGGAUAUUACAAUUGGUAAAUUUUUUUUUUUAUUUAUAAUCAAUUCUCUAAUUAUUAUUAGUGCAAUAUAUGUGUAAAGCAUUGCGUAAUUUAUAUAUUUAUUACAAGAUUUUUAUAAUAUAUAUAUGAUGAUUCUUAAAAA